AUGCCCGAAACUGCCCCCCUUCCCCCUCGUGCAUGUUUCGUUUUACGCCCACUUCCCCAGGAAGCUCAUCAGAGCCAUGCCCGAAACGAGCGCCGCCAAGCCCAGGCCCGCCACCAGCCUGGACGCGUGCGCCAUGCACCCGCCGAGCAUCCAGUCCCCCGCCCACAUCUCCACGAUGCCGACCCACACCAGGAUCCCCGCCGAGAACGCGUCCAGGGAGCCAAUGGCCCAGAUGGUCGCCGGGUCGUUUCCGUUGAACCGGUGGAGCGCGCAGAUGCCAAUCGCCAUGCCCAGCGGCGUCACGAGAGCGAACCCGCUCGCGAGGAGGAGCUUCUUGCGUAG